CGUCACGACAGAUUGUCAAAAUAUUUACUUUUUCACCACUUUUUCCUUAUUUCUUACAAUUUCCAAUCGUUUAAAAGUUAUACAAAUAUGCCAAGUGAAACUGUGCCAGUGCGGGUUAUCACCCGGGUGCGUCCAUUUACGGAUGUUGAGGAGGGCAAAGGAUCCAAGAGAGUUGUCAAAGUCCAUGGAGACAAGACUACUGUUGAGCUGGGAGGAAAGGAUCAGACAUUUGCAUUGGAUGGAGGUUAUUUUUGGGAUGUCAAAAAUAAUCAGAUCUACCGUGAAACAUGUGAACCUCUGUUACAGAAGGCCCUGGAUGGAUACAGUGUGGCUAUCAUUGCCUUUGGUGCGACUGGAUCUGGGAAGAGUUACUUGAUGAACGGAACUGAAAACGAUCCUGGAGUUGCGUUAUGUUUUCACAGGAGUUUGUUCAAGCAAAUUGAAGAGACACACAACAAGGAGUUCUUUGUCACAGUUUCUUUCCUGGAGAUUCUUGACGAAGAUAUGACAGAUCUUCUAAAUCCACAUAACAAUGAGAUGAAGAUUCGACAGCAUCCUGAUGUUGGAAUAUUUGUUGAUGGUCUGUCAGAAAUGGUGGUCAGAAGCGCCGAGGAUAUUGCGCGACUUUACGAGCAGGGGAAUCGGGCAAGGAAAAUGGGCGCUCCAGAUAUUCGCGCGCACCAAGCACGAUCGCACGGAAUCUUCAACAUACGCAUCGAACAAAAGGAUAGCAAUUCGAGUAAAGUUGGUGUGAAGUCAACGGUCAGUCUCAUCGAUUUGGCCGGCACCGAGACGCUGGAUGGGAAAGAUGCAAAUGCUGGGAAGAGUAUGGCUGCGUUGGUGCGAGUGAUUUCUGCGCUGGGUGAUCCAAAGAAGAAAGGCGGCCAUGUUCCGUACAGGGAUUCAAAGAUCACAAGGCUGCUACAGGAUGCACUUGGUGGAAAUUGCAUCUCCUUGAUGUUUGCCAAUUUGUCACCUGCAGAUAACGCGCACCAGGACACACUGACCACCCUACAGUAUGCCCAGUUUGCCAAGAAUAUCAAGAACCAGGGCGUUAAAGUCAACCUGGAUGAUACGACACAGAUGAUCACACAGCUUAGGGAGGAGAUAUCGCACCUGAGGACCAAGCUACAGAAUGCUACCGAGAUGAAUAAGGACGAUGUCCUGCGGAUGGAGGACUUGAUCCGCGAUCUGAAAAUUGCCAAAAACCAAACAUGGGAAGAAAAGGAGAGACUUUCAGACAAAUACGAAGAUGAACGCCGCACCAAUCUCGCCAACAAGGGUAUCCUGGAAUGGGUGAUGGACACGAUGAAGAAAGGCAACAAAGAGCUCCAAGAACGUCUGCUUCUCCUGCAGAAGGAGAAGGACCAGCUGACCUUGACCUACAAGGACAAGAGGCGUGUCCUUGACGACCUCAAGGAUGAACUUCAGAAGAGGAUAUCGGAUUAUUCAGAGCUGGCAAGCAGUGGUAAAGCGUCGGAAUCAGAGACCAAACAACGUGUGGCUGCCAUUCACGAGCUGAAGGAGAGACUGAAGAGGGAGACAGAGAACAUCAAGGACAUCAAGUCCAGGCUGAAAGAAGUGCAGGAGAAACAGCGCCAAGAGAAGGAAGACGCCCAUUCACAGAAUGUCGUCCUGAAGGGGAAUGCUGACCUCCGACAGAGGGUUGAGGAAGAGGAGCGCCGACGACUCGAGUUGGAGAACCAACAGCUGAUAUCUGAGGAACUCGAGCGGAUGAAGAUGGAGUCCGAGCAUGAGAAAGCUGAGAUACAGAUGAGGGCUGCUGAAGGUCGGGCCUACAGCACCCAGGAGGGUAUGGGCCUCGAGCUCGAGUUGGUCGACUUGAAGUCGGAGAGGUCCGUUGUGACACUACAGCUACAGACUCUCAAACAGGAGAAGGCAAAGCUUGGGAAAGACCUGGAGGAGGCCUACAAUCGUCACAAGGAAGAGCUCGAGAUCCAACAACUUCAGCACUUCCAGACUUUCCGCAAUUACCGGGAGAUGUUCGAGGAACAGAAAGCCGCCAUUGAGCAGAGGUAUCGCAGUCUUCUUGAGGACUCCAUCCAGGAUGCCGUGUUCCUCUCCACCAGGAAUAAUGAACUCGUUCAAGAAAACCAGGAGGCAAAACAAAAAAUAGCUGAGCUGAAGGAUCAAGUCUCCGUCCUUGGAGGACAAGCUGCGGAAGACUAAACAAUCUGGAAAUUCAUUGAGUUUCAUCACAGGCAAUCAGCUCGAUUGAAGACACUACUUUGUAUAUGUAUAACAAUGGGAAUUACUGCGUAUAUUGGAACUAAGAUCCGAAUUCAGUCCGUCCUGGUGAUAUCAGUGUCAAUGAAAACGUUAUUUCAUAGAAUCUAAUGUAUUGUUCUGUUUUCUGUUGAUAGCAUUCUGUACAUGAAUCCUGUGAAUAGUUCAUUGUUCAAAGUUUGUCUCUUAGCCAUAUAUCGAGGCAGUACGAAGACUCUUCUUACAUAGAAUCAUGUGAUUCCGUCCUGAUGUUUAAUGUAUAUGUUGAUCUAGUGGUUUACUCUAGUCUCUUCUGUCCAGUUGAAAAAUAUUCCAACCAAAAUGACUUGAUGUAAUUUUGGUAUAGGUUCUAGUCGGCGAGUUCAUCUGAUGUGCAUAAGACACAAGUGCUGCAGGACAGUGCUGUUUUCAGGUUGAUUUCCAAAUCGUUAGGCCAGAGUCCUCUAUUAAAACAUGUGUACAUUACGUGUACAUUGUUGUGCAUAGGUUUUGGUAAAAAAAAGUACUCAUUGGACCAAUCAAUCUGCACAAAAUUUUAUAUGUGUCAAGAAGAACCCUUUGCCAAUAGCAUAAUAAAGUUUUAAAAAAUUCCAAUACCGAUUGCCUGAGAAAAAAAGAUUUCCGUACACCAUAUCCAUCAAAACGUCACUGGCGCAUUGAUAUGGCCCUGUCAAAGUACAAGUUCUAAACUGACCAGUGAGACCACAUUUUCUUAAAUAUAUUAUCAAAAAGCAUAUUUCUGUGAUGGCCUGACUCUGUAGAUUAAGAAUCAACCACAGAUUGAGAAUUAAUUCCACUUUGGUCCAUCCCAGCCAUGUAUUUACCACAACUUGACAUUUUGAUAAGCUCUAUGUGACUGUGCCACACUUCCGGUCGUGGAUGAAUACAGGUCUCUGCCCGUUAGGAUGGUCAAGUCUUGCUUUAAACCCAUGUAGAAGUUUUAAGGCUUUUCCUUAUUCUGUACAGGUAUUAUCCCACAUAUAUCUUUAAGUUAAUCUUUACCGAUAUAUCUUAUUGGCUAGUCCCCUGGUCUAAUGCCUUUUUUGUCGUCAUUUUGACUGUCAAUGAAUCAAACAUUGAAGAUGUAAUUAUUCAUGCUGGCUCAUGGAUGCAAAAAUGCUUUUGAAUCCGAUAUUUUCUAAGUCAUGAAGUCUUUAUAUUUUUGAAGAAAAAAAUAUAUUUAUACAAAUUUGUAUGAUGUUAACACUACAAUAUAAUCUAUCAAAUA